GUCAUGUUCAAGUCUGUCUACACCGCUGGAUCACCACACCCUUGCAAACUAGACGAUUACUAAUUCUGCACUAGCUGUAUAAUUGGACCGGGUGUGAUCCGGCCCAACUGAAUAACACCAACGCAUUCUGCAUCUAUAUAAACGUGUGUUUGUAUUCAAAUGUGUUCAUAGCAGGUGAAACAACAGAGGCUGAGUGAGAUGAAAACAACUGAGAUGGCCACAUAUAUGUCAUUUCUUCUGCUGUUUGCAUAUGCCACUUUCACAAGCUGUGCAGAUCUGAAAAGCUGCGAGGGACGUUGUGGAGAAGGGUACUACAGAGGAAGUUUAUGCCAGUGUGACUAUGAAUGUCUGGGCCUCAAUGAAUGCUGUACAGACUUUCAAGCCAUGUGUACUACAAAGGACUCAUGUAAAGGCCGAUGUGGGGAGCCUUUUAAUAGAGGCAAUCCAUGCCACUGUGAUAUUGACUGUGUCGCAUUCAACCAGUGCUGUCCUGAUUAUGAGAGCAUGUGCUUGGUAGAAGAAUCUUCCAAUGAGGAGAUGGCUAACGAGGAAGGGAUAGAAGGGGCAGAAGAGUUAGAAAUUCCUGAGGAUGAAAUGGAAAGUGGGGCCACACCUUUUGAGGCCACUGACACAACCAGCAUGCUCCCUGCUGAUGAGAAUCCUGAGCAGUCUACCACCCAACUGCCAUCUGAGAUGACAACUUCCAGCACACAUCAGCUCCAAGAGGACACUGUUCCCUCCACCCCAGAGCCCCAAAACGAGAACACCACUUCCGCCAGCCAACAGUCCCAAGAAGAAACAACAUCCCCAGUCAGCAACACACCAUCUGAAGACAAUUCAAGCACAGCACCAACAGAGGGUCCUUCAAGUGCAGUACCAACAGAGGGUUCUACAAGUGCAGUGCCAACAGAGGGUCCUUCAAGUGUAGUGCCAACAGAGGGUCCUUCAAGUGCAGUGCCAACAGAGGGUCCUUCAAGUGCAGUGCCAACAGAGGGUCCUUCAAGUGCAGCACCAACAACAGAAGGUCCUACAAGUGCAGUGCCAACAGAAGAUCCUACAAACACAAUACCUACAGAGGGUUCUACAAGUGCAGCACCAACAGAGGGUCUUACAAGUGCAGUACCAACAGAGGGUCUUACAAGUGCAGUACUAACAGAGGGUCCUACAAGUGCAGUACCAACAGAGGGUCCUACAAGCGCAGUACCAACAGAGGGUCCUACAAGUGCAGCACCAACAGAGGGUCCUAUAAAUGCAGCACCAACAGAGGGUCCUACAAGCGCAGCACCAACAGAGGGUCCUACAAGUGCAGCACCUACAGAGGGUCCUACAAGCGCAGGACCAACAGAGGGUCCUACAAGUGCCAUACCAACAGAGGGUCCAAAAAGUGAAAUUCCUACAGAUGGUCCUACAAGUGCAGUACCAAAAAAAAAUUUUGUAAAUGAAAUGACUACAAAGGCACAGGGUGAAGACCCAAAGGACUCCUCAUCUUUUAAGGAUUCUAUUGCUACUCCUCUCCCACAGAAGACAACCUCCACUCCUGCUCCAAUCAGACCAACAAAGAAAACUUUUAAACCUAGCACAGACAAGGAUGACAAAAUAAAUACCGGUGACACCAAAGAUUAUCAAGCUGAUGACUAUGACACUAAUCUCUGCAGUGGGCGUCCAGUCAGUGGUCUGACUACACUCAAAAAUGGGACCAUUGUGGUGUUCAGAGGACACUAUUUUUGGACACUGAACAAAAACAGAAAUCCUGAACCUGCUCAGUUAAUAACAAGCGUGUGGGGAAUACCGUCUCCCAUCGACACUCUUUACACCCGAUGCAACUGCCAGGGCAAAACCUACUUCUUCAAGGGAAAUAACUAUUGGAGGUUUGAAAAUGAUAUAAUGGAUCCUGGCUUUCCUAAACCCAUCAGUCAGGGCUUUGGACGACUUGGUCAUAUCACCGCUGCCCUAUCUAUACCCGAGUACAGAAGCAGAAAGGAGUCUGUAAUCUUCUUUAAAAGAGGUGGUAUGGCCCAAAAGUACACCUACCAAGUUACUCCAAAAUGUGGGAAAAAGCCAAGGAUUCCCGUGUUCACAGUGACAAAAAGAGCCAGAAGAGAAGCUGCCAAUGCUCUGGGAAAAGUAAUUAGUAUCACAAGGAGCUGGAGAGGAUUUCCAACAAUGGUAACCUCGGCUGUGUCUGUGCCCUCAAGGGUGAAAGAGGGAUACAAAUAUUAUGUAUUUUCUCAAAAAAAGUACUACAGCAUGAAAAUGGAAAGGGAAAAACCAGUUAUCUUAAAACCUGCUAAAGGCCCAAGGGAAAACUCAGCAAACAGCUUCUUCAAAUGUCCAGAAACUCAGAAAAACUGAGUCCCCCAUCUCUUGACCCCAUGCAAUGCACUUCUUACAUCACUUGUUUUAUGUGCACUUUGGAAAAAAAGCCUAUGAUGGGAAUACUGCAUAUUCGGAGACCAAUGACCAACUUUGUUUCUUCAAAACAAAAUUAUUUUUAUUGUACCACUGUAAAAUCAUUAAAAUAAAUGAGUUGCUCAACAUUAACAAAACAAUUAUAAUACAAUAAAUGAAGCCUUGAAAAGA